CGGGAGCGCGGAGUGUUGGAAGAUCUCGGAACUAUCAGGAGCGGGUCCACGCACACAUCCGACCCCAAACCGCUCGCCUGGCGCUCUUGGGGUUGCGCAGCCGAGAGACCAAAAGGAGGGACAACGCGCGGAGGAGCUUAGGACAGGGUUUCUUGGAGGCGGGAAGGAAGCAGCCCACGCGAAACAGGGCUGCCCCGACAGCAUGAGUUUCCCGAGAGGUUCCUAUGAUCGGGCUGCCAACAACUCCAGCCCAUGGUGGCCUCUGAGCGCUGAGGAUGCCAACAGCAGCCGGGAAGCAGCGGGGCACCAGAAAGGUAGCAACCCUCCCGGGGAUGGGGAUGUACGCAACGAAGAGCUGGCCAAACUGGAGAUCGCCGUGUUGGCGGUGAUUUUCGUGGUGGCCGUGCUGGGCAAUGGCAGUGUGCUGCUGGCUUUGCAUCGCACGCCACGCAAGACGUCCCGCAUGCACCUCUUCAUCCGACAUCUCAGUCUAGCCGACUUGGCGGUCGCCUUCUUCCAGGUGUUGCCGCAGCUGUGCUGGGACAUCACCUACCGCUUCCGCGGGCCGGACUGGCUGUGCCGCGUGGUGAAGCACCUACAGGUGUUCGCCAUGUUCGCGUCCGCCUACAUGCUGGUGGUCAUGACUGCCGACCGCUACAUCGCGGUGUGCCACCCGCUCAAGACCCUGCAGCAGCCCGCGCGCCGCUCGCGCCUCAUGAUCGCCGCCUCUUGGGUGCUGAGUUUCCUACUGAGCACGCCACAGUACUUCAUCUUCUCCAUGAUCGAAAUCGAGGUGAACAACGGCACCAAAACCCAAGACUGCUGGGCUACCUUUAUCCAGCCCUGGGGUACCCGUGCCUAUGUGACCUGGAUGACCAGCAGUGUCUUCGUGGUACCUGUGGUCAUCUUGGGUACCUGCUAUGGCUUCAUCUGUUAUCACAUCUGGCGCAACGUCCGUGGGAAGACGGCUUCGCGGCAGAGCAAGGGCUCUGGGGAAGACGUGGCUCCCUUCCACAAGGGGCUUCUGGUCACGCCUUGUGUCAGCAGCGUGAAGACUAUUUCCCGUGCGAAGAUCCGCACGGUGAAGAUGACCUUUGUGAUCGUGACUGCCUACAUCCUCUGCUGGGCUCCUUUCUUCAUCGUCCAGAUGUGGUCAGUCUGGGAUGACAAUUUCAUCUGGACCGAUUCAGAAAACCCCUCCAUCACCAUCACUGCAUUACUGGCCUCCUUGAACAGCUGCUGCAACCCCUGGGUAUACAUGUUCUUUAGUGGCCACCUCCUGCAAGACUGUGUCCAAAGUUUCCCAUGCUGCCAGCGCAUGGUGCAGAAAUUCAGCAAGGAUGACUCGGACAACAUGAGCAGAAGACAGACUUCUUACUCUAACAACCGGAGUCCGACAAACAGCACAGCGACGUGGAAGGACUCCCCUAAAUCUUCCAGGUCCAUCAGAUUCAUUCCUGUUUCCACCUGAGCCGCACAGCCAUGCAGCCCGACUCUAGGGGGAGGGGGCUUUGGGGUCCAAUGUCUAAAUCCGGCUAGAAAUCAUAAGAGCAGAUGAGUUUAUGUGAGGUAACCACGAAUCAGGUCAAUACAAACAUUGUUUCUAGCUGUGUUUUCCUCAUUGCUGUGAUCCAAAGCUGAAUUAUUUUUGCAUAAACUGUUAAUGAAGAUGUGCCACCCUGAAAUGUGUAAGCCUGGUUCAUAACCAUACUGAAUUUAUAUUUUGGGGUUGAUGUUUUUUUUACUGUAUUUUUAUUUCUGACAUAAG